AUGGAUCAGUUGUUUCUACAAUGUCAUGUUUCUAAAAAAGUUUGGGACUCUAUACAGACUAAUAUUGUAGGCAGUGUAAAUGGUUUAUCUAUGUAUGAUUGGAUAUGCAGUUGGUUUACUAAUGGGAGUAAUGCAGGUUGUAAGCAAGAUUUUAUUGAAAUUGCAGGUUAUACAUUAUGGCAUAUAUGGAAGACAAGAUCUGAUGUGGUAUUCGAUAGUGCAAAGAUCCAUCUUGAAACCCUUGUGAGGCAGAUAAAGCAAUCAAUUUCAGAAUGGAACGGUCAUGCCGGGUUGAAGUUAACAAGGGGCAUAAAUAACAAUAGUCAUAUGAUACCAAUUCCUUGGAUUCCACCUGCAAACACGUUUAGCAAAAUUAAUUUUGAUGGAUCAAUUUGUAAGAAUACUCAUACUAUGGGGUCUGGUCUAGUUUGCAUGGAUGAUGCAGGAAAUUUCAAAAGUGCACGAUGCAUCCCGGGAGUAGCGGAGGAUGAAGAAAAAGCUGAAGCAAUAGCAGCUUUGGAGGCAAUAAAGUGGGCUACGGAGCAACACAUUGGCAGAUUACACUUAGAAGGUGACUAUUUAAAUGCAAUAAAUGGUAGUUUAGGAUCAGUUCAAUGGACAACAAAUGCAAUCAUUAGGGAUUGUCUGGCCUUACUCAGAGACUUUAAUGGCUGGGUCUAUGCUCAUGUACCUAGAGAAACCAACGAUGUUGCAGAUACUUUAGCAAAAGAUGCAAGACAUAUAAGUAGUUCAGUUUCUUGGAACCUGGAUUGCCCUCUUUGGCUUAAAUCUCUCUUUCAAGAGAGGUUAAAUAUGUACUCAGCUUAA